AAAAAAAAAAAGUUGAACAACACUUGAACACAAAGUUUCAGUACCACCCACCACUACUAAAAUGGAGCCUUGUCUUUUAAGCAAAUAUUCACUCACUCCCACCUUAUUAUAUGGUCCAUCCUCCAAUAUCUCCGUUUUAAAGCUCGUCUUUCAACACCACAAAAACACAAACAAACAGACGGGUUUUCAAAUUUCUAAUGGGAUCCUUUCAAGCAUCAAACGGGACGGGAAAUUCGGCAUUGCUGGACACGUCGUGGGGCUAUUUGCUACAAGAACUACAGAUAAUCUGGGAUGAAGUUGGAGAGGAACAACUCGAACGGGAGAAGGUUCUGGUGGAACUCGAGCAGGAGUGCAUUGAAGUUUACAGAAGGAGAGUCGACACUGCGAAUAUUUCACGAGCCCGCUUACAUCAGCAGCUCGCGGAAUCCGAGGCUGGAUUCACUCGUCUCCUUCUCUCGCUUGGAGAACGGUCGCUCCCUGGACGACCGGAGAAAAUGGCGGGAACGCUCAAGGAGCAGCUGAACUCGAUAACGCCAGCACUACGAGAGAUGCAAUUAAGAAAAGAAGAACGAGUAAAGCAGUUUCGAGCGGUACAAACCCAAAUCCACAGAAUUUCAUCGCAAAUAGCUGGUCGGACGGAGUACGACGAUCCGUCGCCAUCCGUCUCCAUUAACGAGAACGAUCUUUCACUCAAGAAACUCGAAGAGUACCAGAACGAGCUUCAUAGACUUCACAAUGAAAAGAGUGACAGACUUCAGAGGGUGGAGAAGUACAUAAGCACGAUCAAAGUUUUGACAGCAGCUUUAGGAAUGGAUUCAUCGUUGAUUAUCACAAAAGUGCAUCCAAGCUUGAACGAGCUGUCGGGAUUGUCGAAGAAUAUAAGUGACGGUAUUUUAGAAAAGCUUCAUAGUACGGUGAAGUCCCUCGAAUCGGAAAAGCAACUGCGGCUCGACAAGCUUCAACAACUCGGUAAAGCAUUGUCGAAUUUGUGGAAUCUCAUGGAUACACCCUUUGACGAUCGUCGAAAUUUUCUCCACGUGGUAUCCACUCCCGGAAACCUUACUCUUGACAUCGUGCAGCAGGCCGAGACAGAAGUAAAGAGAUUGGAUCAGUUAAAAGCAAGCAAGAUGAAAGAGUUUUUCUUCAAACAACAAGUAGAGCUCGAGGAGAUAUGCAGUCGAUCGCACAUGGAAAUACCUUCGAGAUCCGACAUGGAAAAGUUAACGAACCAAAUAAACUCUGGGGAAAUUGAUCAUGCGGAGCUCCUCUCGAGCAUGGAUGAACAGAUAUCGAGAGCUAGAGAAGAAGCUGCUAGUCGAAAAGUGAUUAUGGAGAAGGUUGAAAAAUGGAUAUUGGCACGUGACGAAGAACGUUGGUUGGAAGAAUACAACAGGGACGAAAAUCGAUAUUCAGUGAGCAGAGGUGCUCACAAGAACCUUAAACGAGCAGAGCGUGCCCGAGUUAUGGUCAACAAGAUACCAGCUUUGAUGGAACAGCUGAUAUCGAAGACCAAAUCGUGGGAAGAUGAAAGAAAUAAAAGUUUCCUGUACGACGAGGUUCCGAUAAUGGCGAUGCUUGAAGAGUACAAUAUAUUGAGGAACGAGAAAGAGGAGGAAAAACACCGACAAAGGGAGCAUAAGAAGGCACAGAGCAAAGUAGUAACCGAGCACGAAAGCCCGUUUGGAACAAGGCCCGGCACAAGUAGUAGUCGGCGGCUUUCCGAUAAAAGCUUAAACGGAGGCUUCGUGAACUCAAGCCCUCUAAAUAGAAAACUUGCUCCGCCUUCACCGAAGACCAUGUCGUUAAUAAAAGGAGGAAAAAAAGCACAUGGACAAAUGAACUACGCAAAAGGGUUCGCUUAUCAUCUUAGAGAAGAUACAAUUUCAGUCGUCUCGUCUUUUUCCGGCCCCUAUUCACCGUAGGCCGAGCCGCUAAAAUGUCUUUAUUUUUAUAGUGAUUUUCUCGCCCCUUGUAAUCGAUUAGUACGAAAGAAAUUUUAUGCCAUCGAAUGAAUAAACAAGUGAAUCAGA